CCCUAUUUUUUCUGCAAUUUUUUUCUCAAUAUCUCAUUAUCAGCACAUACAGAUUGCUACAAUCGUAAUAACUUUUUAUGAUUUUGAUGUUAAUGGAUUGUUGAACACCUGUGCGAGCAUUGAAUUCUUCAUUGCCGUGAUUUGUAUCCAACUGCUACAACCAAUUAUUUUCUUCUGAUUUAAGCGUCACUGUCUUAUGAAAGUUCAAGCUGUUUCUAUUCCUUAUUGUUAAUCUUACUUUGGUCCUCUUUCUGCUAUGCUAUGAGCUGGUAGCCUUCCAAAGAGCAUUUCUAGAUCUACUGGCUGUAUGAUAAUAGGAUAGGUGGAGAGACAUGGCUUAGCGAUGUUAGAAUUAUAUGAGGUUUGGAGUUGCUGUUGAAAUGGUACAUAGGAGAGACCUCUUUGCAAGCUUUACUUUGAUCCAAAUUCCAAGUUUCUCAAGAUGCAAUUAAUGUCAGAUGACAAUCCAAGAGAAGGCUCUUCAGAAACAGAACCCAUCUUAAACGAGUCUAGAAGUGCAGAGGGAGUUGACAACCAUUCAUCUACAUUUGAAAUAAGAACCGAAGGUAGCAGUGAUUGCUCCAUAUCUGUUGAAGAUUCACAAAGUUCCGAUGCCAAUGAAAAUACUAGUCUGGUUGCUUCAGACCAACCACAGUGCCGCAUAUGCCUUGAUACAGAAGGAGAUGAUUUGAUUGCACCAUGUCAUUGUAGAGGCACUCAGAAAUAUGUCCACAGGUCAUGUCUAGACAAUUGGAGGUCAACCAGGGAAGGAUUUGCUUUCUCUCAUUGCACAGAAUGUAGGGCAGUGUUUAUACUGCGUGCAAAUGUCCCUCCUGAUAGAUGGUGGUUGAGAUUGAAAUUUCAGUUGCUGGUUGCUAGAGAUCAUGCAUUCAUUUUUGUCAUUGUUCAACUCAUUGUGGCGUUCUUAGGUGUGUUGGUGUACAAAUUUUAUGGAGAUGAACUGAGAGAAAUGUUUGGAUAUGAAGAGCAUCCUUAUGGGUUUUAUACCAUGGCUGUGUUAGCAAUUGUUUUGGUGGGGUUGCUGUAUGGGUUUUUUAUAGCCAUAAUAUGUGGACAACGAAUCAAUGAGCGCCACUAUCACAUUCUUGCCAAACAAGAACUCACAAAGGAGUACAUUGUUGAAGACAGAGAAGUGAACAAGGGUGUUACUGAACUUGACCCCAGUCAUAUCACAGAGCUAAGAAUGUUGGGUCUGUAUUGAACAUUUGUAUAUUCAUAUAUGAGAUUUCAGAGAGAGAGAGUAUCAUUAUGUUGUGUUUGUUGUACAUUUAUUUUCACACGUACAACACAUGAUUAUUGAUUAAUUUAUAUUUGUUUGGUGUGGGGGAA